CAAACGAGGCUGUGUCGUUUUUGUAUCAGUCAGGAUCAUAAGUUCAUAAAUAAUAAGAAUGAUCAUAUAACAUCAUAACUUGUUGCCGUCUUGAACCUAUGCAUCAUACACACACAACACACACAUAAUCCAUAUCUAUGUUACCUUGGCUUAUCAUCGGCUUGGCUACCAUCGUAGCAGCUAUCCUUAGUUACCGGCUUUUGAAGCUCAUAAUAAGGAGGCCCUCAUUACAUCUGCCACCAGGGCCAAGGCCAUGGCCCGUUGUGGGAAACUUGCCCCACAUAGGCCCUUUGCUACAUCGGGCUCUUGCGGUCUUGGCCCGCACUUAUGGCCCGCUCAUGUAUCUCCGCUUGGGCUUCGUUGACGUGGUGGUGGCAGCUUCCGCCUCCGUGGCGGAACAGUUCUUGAAGGUUCACGACGCCAAUUUCUCUAGCCGGCCACUGAACUCCAUGACCACAUACAUGACCUAUAACCAAAAAGACCUUGCUUUUGCUCCCUACGGCCCACGGUGGCGGUUUCUCCGCAAAAUAAGCUCAGUUCACAUGUUCUCUGUUAAGGCCUUGGAUGAUUUUAGACAACUCCGACAGGAAGAAGUGGAAAGAUUGACAAGUAAUUUAGCAAGUUCAGGCUCUACAGCUGUGAAUUUGGGGCAAUUGGUGAAUGUAUGUACCACCAACACAUUGGCAAGAGUAAUGAUAGGACGGCGUCUUUUCAACGAUAGUCGUAGUAGUUGGGAUGCAAAAGCAGACGAAUUUAAAUCUAUGGUUGUGGAACUCAUGGUGUUGAAUAGAGUUUUUAAUAUUGGUGACUUCAUUCCUAUCUUGGAUCGGUUGGACCUUCAAGGAGUGAAAUCUAAGACAAAAAAAUUACACAAGAGGUUUGAUACAUUUUUGACUAGCAUUCUUGAGGAACACAAGAUUUUUAAGAAUGAAAAACAUCAAGACUUAUAUUUGACUACAUUGUUGUCACUUAAGGAAGCUCCUCAAGAAGGAUAUAAACUUGACGAAUCAGAGAUCAAAGCAAUACUUUUGGACAUGUUUACAGCGGGGACAGACACAUCAUCAAGCACAAUUGAGUGGGCAAUUGCUGAACUGAUUAGGAAUCCAAGAGUCAUGGUUCGGGUCCAACAAGAAAUGGAUAUUGUUGUAGGUCGGGAUAGGCGUGUGACUGAAUUGGACUUGCCCCAACUUCCUUACUUGCAAGCUGUUGUGAAGGAAACAUUUCGUCUCCACCCACCAACCCCUCUUUCCCUCCCACGAGUUGCGACGGAGAGUUGCGAGAUAUUCGAUUACCACAUCCCCAAAGGUACAACUCUCUUGGUCAAUAUUUGGGCAAUAGGGCGUGACCCUAACGAGUGGAUUGACCCAUUGGAGUUUAAGCCUGAAAGGUUCCUCCUUGGUGGUGAGAAGGCUGGUGUUGACGUUAUGGGCACCAACUUUGAGGUUAUACCCUUUGGUGCUGGUCGUAGAAUAUGUGUUGGUAUGGGCCUAGGCCUAAAGGUGGUUCAAUUGCUCACUGCCACCUUAGCCCACACAUUUGUUUGGGAGUUGGAAAAUGGACUUGAUCCGAAAAAUCUCAACAUGGAUGAAGCACAUGGGUUUAUCCUUCAAAGAGAAAUGCCUCUUUUUGUUCAUCCUUAUCCUAGACUUUCACGACAUGUGUAUUCAUCAUCAUCAUCACCAUCGUCAUCUUCAUGAUUUGGAAAUUUGUUCUCGUUUUACUUCUCCCUUUCCACCUUUUAAUAAUAAGGAUCCAAAAAAUAAAAAUAAAUUCAUUGUUUUAGUCGGUGAA